CCGCAUGCUCGCGCUGAGCUUGUUGUGGCGUUCCCUUCCUCCGCAUUCGUCCCUCCGUGCUGCCGCCGGAGUUAGCUGCGAGCUGGAGGAAGGUCUCUCUGUCGUGACAACCCAUUCUCAUAAACUUUUCCAAGUCCAGGUCGUGCCUGAAAGACGGAGCGAGUAUUGUCUGUGUUUUCGAUGCACGGGAGUGCCCUGGGAGCUGCGAAGGGAGAAGACAGCGCUGGUGGUCCUGACUGUUCAUCAGGAUGAGUGAGGCAGAGGGCCAGUUCUACAGCGUGCAGGUGGGAGACUCCACCUUCACUGUACUCAAGCGCUACCAGCAGCUCCGCGCCAUCGGCUCCGGCGCCCAGGGCAUCGUCUGCUCUGCCCUAGAUUCAGUCCUUGGUAUACCGGUGGCAGUCAAAAAGCUGUGUCGACCCUUCCAGAACCAGACGCAUGCUAAGCGUGCCUACAGGGAGCUGGUGCUGCUAAAAUGUGUCAAUCACAAAAAUAUCAUCCGUCUGAUCAAUGUGUUCACGCCUCAGAAGUCCCUGGAGGAAUUCCAGGACCUGUAUCUUGUGAUGGAGUUGAUGGAUGCCAGCCUAUGCCAGGUGAUCCACAUGGACCUGGACCAUGAGCGGAUGUCCUAUCUGCUCUACCAGAUCCUCUGUGGCAUCAGGCACCUGCACUCUGCUGGCAUCAUCCACAGGGACCUGAAGCCCAGUAACAUUGUGGUGAAGUCGGAUUGCACUUUAAAGAUCUUGGAUUUUGGCCUGGCUCGGACAGCCUGCACUAACUUCAUGAUGACCCCCUACGUGGUGACCAGAUACUACCGGGCCCCAGAGGUCAUACUGGGCAUGAAAUAUAAGGAGAAUGUGGACAUCUGGUCAGUAGGGUGCAUCAUGGGAGAGAUGGUAAAGGGCAGCGUCAUCUUCCAGGGCACCGACCACAUCGACCAGUGGAAUAAGGUGAUUGAGGUUCUGGGCACGCCCCAUUUGGAGUUCAUGAACCGACUGAUGGAGACGGUGAGAAACUAUGUGAUGAACAAGCCGCAGUAUCCUGGCGUCAGCUUUGCCGAGCUUUUCCCCGACUGGGCCUUUCCUUCUGACUCAGAACAUGACAAACUAAAGACAGGUCAAGCACGGGACCUGCUUUCCAAAAUGCUGGUCAUUGAUCCUGAAUGCCGCAUCUCCGUAGAAGAAGCCCUCAAUCACCCGUACAUUCACGUGUGGUACGACCCCGGAGAGGCCGACGCGCCUCCUCCCCAGAUUUCAGAUAAACAGCUGGAAGAGAGAGAGCACUCCAUCGAGCAAUGGAAAGUACUCAUUUAUGAAGAGGUGAUUGAUUGGGAAGAGAGGAACCAGAAUGGACUGAUGAAAGAAGACUGUUCAGAUGUGGUGUCAGGUUCAGCCUCCCAGUCGUCAUCAGCCAACGACAUCUCGUCCAUGUCCACGGAGCACACCGUAGCCUCAGACACAGACAGCAGCAGCAUUGACACACUGACGGGGCCGCUGGACGACAGUCAGUGAACACAGUCCAUGGCCUCAUCUUUCUGCCUGCCUCAGUCCUCCACUCGUAUUUACAAUAUCCAAAUAUCAAUCCACCAUCAAUUUCCUUUCACUCCCCCCUCAUUUUCUGAUCUUUUUUUUUUUUUUCUUUGUCCCUUUUUCCUUCUGUGUUUUUCUUCUUUCUUCUUCAACGUCAAUAAAUAGGUCUAUUUUUCUAUUUUCUUCCUGUUUAUGAUCUGCUGAUCUCUCUCCAUACAACAUCAAACUUUUAUUUUGGACUGCUUCCCAGAGGUCAAAGCUGUCUAUUAGGUCAAAGGUUUAUCUUCUUCUUCUUUGUGGAUGCUGUUUACCAUGAUCAAGUAUGUAUGAUGUAUGCAUCCAUAUUCAUGUUCAGGUUACCAGGAACAGGUGGGGGAAUUGUUGAUGGUUCCGUAUGCCUUUUGUUUUAAUAGUUUUAUUUUUUUAGCAAAUAUUUUCUUGAGACCAGAGGUUAUCAAAUUAGAGUAGACACGCACUGAAAAUAGACCACAGCGUCCAGCCGCUGUCAUGCACGCCAAUAGAACAAAAUCUUAGCGUAAGUUGAUGGCACCGAUCUGAUAUCCGUCUGAUGAUGAUCAAACACUCAUCCAAAGUCUGAACGAUCUUUUAGCUAGCGCACAGAUCUCCACAGUGGAGCUUUCUGCACCGUUUUCUAAUUAAUUGACUUGAGUGAUGUGGAUAAUAAGAUUUUCCUCCCGACAGCUGGGGGAAGCUGUGGCUGCAGUGUUACAUUUACUUUCCAAAUAUAAUGUACUGUAUGAUGAGGUGAUGAUCUGACACUUCUAGUGACUAUUGAACCUGUCAUUACUAAUUAAUACAGUGUGCUGGUUUUGUUAUGAUCAAUAUUUCUGUAGAACUGCACCCCCAUUGGACAUAAGGUACCGACUAACAAUGUGUAUGUCAGAACAAUAUCAUAUUCCUUUAAAUUUGGGAGAGGCAAAAAGAUACAUGUAGUAUUUAUUUUUGUUCUCUUGCUAAAUGUUGAACGCAAUCACAUUGAGGUCUGUGUAAAAUAAGCCUCUUGUCAAAGCGCCUUUUCUAAACCCUUCCAUUAGCCACACAAUUCACCAUGAAUCAGACAUCAUGUAGAUAAAGGCAGUGAAACACAAAUAAAGGUGUUCAACUUGCAUGAAGGCGUUAAAGAUGCCAAUAAGAUACCGUAGUUCUAGUUAUAAAGAGAAAUCCGUUCAGGUCAGUUCUCUUACUUGCAGUCUCUCGAUGUUCUUGGUUCUGAAAGCCUGUUUGAUGCAGAUGUUGUAUUUUUUAUUUGUGUUGUGCCUUGUGAGCCUUUGUGUGUGUGUGUGUUAUCAAAAUGUACUGUGCACCGCUCUCCUUCAUUAUCCCCUAAGUCUAGGGAGGAAGUUGUCUCCUCAACAAAAAGCAAACAUGUUGUGGUUUGAAGUGAGGAUGUGACUGUGGGGCCCUGAAGGAAAGUCUGGACCUUGGAACUCAAGACGGAAACUUAAAGAUGAGAGGAAUGGACUGUGGAGCUGC